AUGAGUGCAAACAAGAGCUAUCGCUCGCACAAAAAUACCGACGGCGAGGUGGACUUUGAAUUCUAUCCAGUAAUACGCAAGUACAAGGACGGCCGUAUCGAGCGGUUCACAAUGAGUUCAUUCGUGCCGGCAUCAGCGGAUCCAGCCACCAGCCAUGGGGUGGCAACAAGGGAUGUCGUCAUCGACCAAGGCACCGGUGUGUCGGUACGCCUGUUUCUUCCCUCCCAAGCCGCCGCGGCGGGCACGAGGCUUCCCCUCGUCGUCUAUGUCCAUGGUGGUUCUUUCUGCACACAGAGUGCGUACUCUCGAACCUACCACCGUUACGCCACCUCCCUCGCAGGAAGCGCAGGGGCGCUCAUCGUGUCUGUGGAAUACCGUCUGGCACCGGAGUAUCCCGUGCCGGCGUCCUACAAUGACACAUGGGCUGCACUGCGGUGGGUGGCCACCUUGUCCGACCCUUGGCUCGCUGAGUAUGCAGAUCCCAGGCGCACGUACCUCGCCGGCGACAGCGCUGGUGGCAACAUCGUGUACCACAUGGCUAUACGCGCCACACAUGAUGACAGCAUCAUGGACAUUGAGGGCUUGGUUAUUGUGCAUCCAUUUCUCUGGGGACUCGAGCGGCUUCCCGCCGAGAAGGUUUCGGACGGUGACGUGAUGUACCCGCCGGCGCUGGUGGACAAGCUAUGGCCAUUUGUGACGGCGGGCCAGGCUGGCAACGACGAUCCCCGGAUCAAUCCUCCGGACGGUGAGAUCGCGUUGCUGACUUGCAGGCGUGUUAUGGUAUGUGUUGCAGGGAGAGACACCUUGCGUGACCGGGGGCGCCGGUUCGCGUCCAGAAUGCGGAAGUGUGGGUGGACUGACCGCAACCUCACCGUGGUGGAGACGGAGGGCGAGGAUCAUCUCUUCCACCUGUACGCACCGCUGCGUGCGACCAGCAAGGACCUUAUGGAUCGUGUUGUGCACUUCAUUAACGAUCGCGCCACGUUGCCAUCACCGAACCAUAGUGAUCCCAGAUCUCUAUGCCGCGCAGCUCUUUAA